AUGUGGAGGCAGAGGCAAGGCACGCAGGACGGCAAGCAGCCGCCCGAGGGGGCCCCAACCAUCGCUUCCCCUCUCACCUCGACCAUCGUCGCUCUUUUGCCUGGCAAGCAGGCUCCCAUCCCCUCGGACCUCGACAUCCCCCGCAUCAUCAUGCCCACCACAUCGCACCCGCUCCGCCAGCUGGCACAGACAGACCGGAGCCGCCUCCUCUCCAACCUGCCGCCCUACACCAUCUCGUCGGCGCUUUCGCCUUCCAACAUCUCGGCCAACCGGUACCGCGACGUGGUACCCUACGACUCGUCGCUCCUCCCAGGACCCUACCUCAACGCCUCGCUCCUCGCUCCUUUCCCUCACACCCCUCCUGCAUCGUCUUCAACUUUGGCGUCGUCGACGGUGAAGGGCACGCAGCCGCGGUUCAUCGCGUCGCAGGCACCCACGCCCUCGACGUUCGCCCACUUCUACCACCACCUCUACGAGCAGGACGUCGCCGUCCUCGUCAACCUCACGCCCGAGAUCGAGAGGGGAAGAAAAAAGGCCGACAGGUACUAUCCCACCCGCGCCGACGACCAGGAGCACGCAGAUGCCGUGCUCCAGGUCGAGGGAUGGCAGGUGCGCUGCAGGGACCAGCACGCCCUCAACGGCGGCAACGUCGUCGUGCGCACCCUCGACCUCGUACCCACCCCCUCCACCGCCAAUGGCGACGCUGCGAUGCCGACGCCAAAGGUCAUCCGCCAGAUUCACCUCUCGCACUGGCCCGACCACGGCAUCCUACCGCCCGCAGACAUGGAGUGGCUCAUUGACCUCAUCCACGACCACGUCGGCUCCACCUCGUCCCCCUCUGCUGCUUACCCAGACGGAAGGCCGAUCUGGGUCCACUGCUCGGCCGGCAUCGGCCGCAGCGGCACCGUCAUCGCUUGUCUCACCGCCAAGCACCUCCUCUCUCCCUCCCCCUCGUCCUCGUCCUCCGCUCCUGCCGCCACCGCGACGACUUCGAAUCCCGUCACCGAUGAGGGCAUCGACGACCUCCCGCUCCGCCUCGUGGCCUGGAUGCGCCACUUUCGACCGGGCAUGGUGCAGACUGAAGAGCAGUUCGAUUCGAUCGUCGCCUUCGUGGAGGCGCUCAGGCAAAAACGGACACCAUCUGCACAGUGA